AUGUCUGACGUGGAAGAUGAAGCUCAAGUGCCCACAUACUCUAAUGAAGGUAUUGGGCCAACUUUGACCAAACAAGAAGAGGAAAGACGACUGAUCAGAUCAUAUAUUGCAGUCUUGACAUCAGCACUUGGUGGUGUUGACUAUUCAUCAGAAGAAACAAACCCGCCUUAUAGAUUAGGUGACGAAGCAUUUGCAUGCUUGAAAGAUAUCAAGAAAUGGCUAAAGUCAUAUGAUGAGGAGAGAAACACCUGGGAAGUUGCAGUUGCUUGUGCAGAAAGUGGAUUAGUUGUGAAUGAUUUGAUAGUUAUCUUAUGUGAUUGGGAAGCUGGUGAAUUGAACAAAAAUGGCCCUGAAUAUAAAAAGAAAAUGAAUGACAAAAUUGCUUUGGCUUGCCUUGAACUUCUUGUGCCUUUGACAUGGCCUCUACAACUAUCCGAAGGAAUGUAUAAAGGUCAGUUACAACACUAUAGUAAUUUGAAAAAGCAUCAAGUUAAUUAUAAGAAAAACAUAUUGAGCUAUAGAGGUGGAAAAGUGUUGAAAGCCGUUGUCAGACUAGCUCUUCCUAUUAUGGCUACUCCAAGAAGUGAAAGAUCAGGAAGAGAUAAUGGUAUAUUGAGACUGUGUACCUUUUUCUUUAGAAAUGUUUUAGCUAUUGAACCAGCUUCCAUAACCAAGGAAACUUCCAAACAUUUGAAACCAAGUGACAUUGCUGAUAAUAUGCCAUCCGGUGUCAACGCUGAAGACAUUAGUCUUGGAGCAUGUCUUGUUGCUUUCGAAGAAAAUUUGGUUUUCCAGUAUUUGUUAACUAUCUGUGGAUCAAUUAAUAAAGAUUUUGAUGGUCAAUUUUUGUCAAUGGCGUGUCUGGAAAUGAUUUAUGAUCUUACUAGAGGUGUUAGGGCCUCCGUUGUUAUUCAAGAAAGAAGAAAACAAGUUCCAUUAGGAGCAACGCCUCCACCAUCUGCAUCAACCAUAUCAACUAAUCAGUCAACAACAAGUCUAGGGCUUUCGGAUCUUUUAUCAAAGGAAUCUGAAAUGAAAACCAAGUUCAAAUCGGUGGGUUCUUCCAGACACAGUAGAUUUGGUACGUUAUUGUCAUUACAAACGCCAGAUCAAGGUAGAUUGACAUUGUCUGGUCAACAAAAUUUGUCAGAACGUCAAAAUACAAUUGCUGCUUUUGAUUCUCACAAAAAAUGGCAUAAAGCUCAACCAUUUAGAUAUGAUUCUGAUGAUAAUGUUGUGUUUACAGAAGUUCAUCUAUCCCAUCAACCUAACAAAAUUUUGAAUAAAUUCACCAAUGAUUUUUUGGAUGGUGGCUUCAAUCCUUUAAUUAAUGCUAUAUCCAAAGAUUUCACAAGUGAGUCUGAAGAUAGACCAAAUACAAGCAAAAUUCACUUUUUACUUGUCAUUGCUUGGUUUUUGGAAGCUGAGAGACACAGAAAUGGUGCUAAAGCAAAUAACAUUGAUUAUGGGCUAAUCGUUGCUGGUCUUACUGAAAAGACUUUCAUUUUAGUGUUCAAGUACUUAACUGAAGGUUUUGAUAAUAAGGUCUGGUCUUUGGUUCAUGCUGCUGUUAUUACUUUCAAGGAAAUUGUCACAACCACGAAUUUUAUGGCACUAUCUGAGAGUGAGGAAGAUAAAGAAAUCGCAACAAAUAUAAAAGAAAGGUUAUUUCACAAAAAGCACUAUCUUGACCUUAUGGCAAAAGUUCCAACAUAUGCUUAUAAGCACUCACCAACUUAUGUUAAUAAUUGUGUUGAUUUGGUUGAUGUUGUGUUGAAAACUUUGGAAGAAUUUGCGAAUGAAGACAUGGUGUUAUUUAUUCAAUCCAACAGAAAGCAAAGAAAAAGGAAGAAUGUCUCAAGAGAGCAAGAAGAAAUUGAUGAUAUGGAAGGUAGUGAUGGUGAGGAGCUAGAAAGAACAAGUCGUAAAUUAUCUGCACAAAGAAAGUUUGAUUUCAAAAAAUAUCAAACACAGUUUGUCAAUGCUGCAGCAAUUGAAACCUACAUGGCAUAUCUAAGCCGGUUUGAAGAUUUGAGCGAAAAAGAUAUCAAAAAGGGAUUGAAGUUUUUACACAGAGCUUUUUACAUUCAAAAAAACCAUGUUGUUUUGUUUCGUUUAGAUUUCAUGCUUUUGUUGCAUAGACUAUUAUCGGGUGAUGGUCUACCAAAAAGAUCAAAUAUCAGAAAACAUUUCUCAGAGUUUUUGUCCUAUUAUAUGAAGAAGCUAAAGAAAAGUCUAGAUACAACACCAAGUCUAUACAUUGAGCUCUUGUUCGAUAAGUUUCAUGAUACCAGGACUGAACACUAUUUGGGUACAGGUGAGGUAUAUGUUGAACCAAAGAAGAUUAAAAGGGUUACCAAAUAUGCUCUUCUUAAAGGAGAUGAGGAUAUGGAUCUUGAAACUAAAGUUUCCAUUCUUGUUGCUGGUCUUAUUGAUGAUGAUAUGAAGCAUCUUGCCGAGUGGGUUGGAGAAGAACUAGAAAAAGCUCUGAUGUCUAGAAUUCACAACAAUAUCCCAAGAGAACAAGAAGAUGAUGAACUUCCAGAACAAAAACCCAUUGUGGAUUUUGUACUCAAAUCCAAUGAUGUUAAGCUCAUGAAUUCACUGAUUAUAAAUCCUAAACUAAGAUAUUUAAUAAGUUUAGCUGGUUGUGAACUUCCAAGCCAAACAGGCGAUAACUGUAUCUUGAAAGCUGAUAGCGAUACAACGAGAUUAUCAGAAACUGUUACAUACAUCAAGAUGUAUUUGAUCCAACCUGUUGCUUUUGAUAAUGACAAGAACGCCAACGAUUUCAUCAAAAUCAAACAGAUUAGAGGAGCCUUUGAGGGUGAUUCAGAUGAUGGUUAUAAUGGUGGGGGUGAUGAUGUUUAUGGCUGGGAUGAUGAUGAUAUUGCAUUCGAAGUCAAAGGUGAAAAAGUUGAUGAAGGUUAUAAUGAUGACAUUUUGGAUAAUCUUGAAGAUGCUAUCGGAAAAACUGAUAGAGCUUUACCAAAAGGUGUCGCCAGAUCUAAGAACAAACCCAAAAGAGAAGGAAGAAGAAGAAAAUCUGAAAAUGCUGAUUCAGAUUCUGAUGAUGAUGAUAGACCAAGACAAAGAGCAAGAAAGAAAAGAAGAAAUCGUGGUCCGGCAUUACCAUAUCAUGAUCUUUCAAAUGAUGAAGGUGAAGCUGGUGCUUCAAAGAAGAAAGCUCAAGUUAAAUCACAUGAUUAUGUUUCUGCUAAGUAUGUCAAUGAUUCAGCUGAUGAAAGUGAAGAUGAGGAAUUCUUUGCCAAUGAACAAAGAUUGAGAGAAAUUUUGAUCAAAAAUAAUGGUGUUUUAGGUGCUGAACAAUUACAAGAGUUUGUUAAUAGAACAAUGAAUGGAGCUGCUUCUGAGUCUGAAUUUGCUAAUGGUAAUGUUUACAUUUCAGAGGAUGAAAAAGAAGAACCUAAAGCAGCUGAAAGAGAUGCCUCAGAUUCAGAAAGUGACUUGGAAAACUCAAUCAAUAGAUCUGAAGUUUUGGAUCAAGGUUCAGACACAGGCUCAUUAUCAGAUGAACAAAUGGGUGAACCUACUCAAGCUAAAAAAGCUACAUUCGAUGAGGGUUCAGAUCUUGAGGGUCCUUCAAUUGAUUUUGGAUAUGAUUUGAAUAAUGAUUCAGAUGAUGAAGAUUUGAUGCUGAUUGAUGAAGUUGCAGUUAAUCCACCAGUGCCGUUCAACGAUGAGAAAAUUAAAGACGAAUCUGAUGAAGGCGAACCAUCUGUUGCACCAAGAAGAAAGACUAAAGUUGUCUUUAGCGACGAUGACGAUGAAUGA